GCGAGCGACUACUUGCUAGAUCUCGCACCGAUCGCUACAUCGCUCUCCUUCGCUAAACACGCCUUCGCCUGUCUCUGUGCCCGCCUUCUGCCUGUCUUUGGUGCGCUGCCCGCCCCUGCCCUCGAUGUGCCGACAUUCCCCAUGCCGUUCUCGCUGCCCCUCCGCGCUGCCUUUUGGCAUCAUACCAGGGCCAUGAACGCUUCGUCGUUCUAGAUAGUCCACGCUAUUAGAGGCCCGUCGCGUGAGAAGCGCCAGCUGAUCGUCAUAAUCGGCCCGGCGAUGCACUCCUACGUCGCUCGCGAGAAGAACGGCCAGCAGGACACGAUCCCCGCUCCCUGUACGCGUACCUCCGCUGCCAGAGGUCUGGUUCUGCACGGUCUUAUCCGCGACGCCCCUUCUCGGGCACAAAGGUGUCGAUAGCUGUAUCUGCCACGCAUACGCCUGUGCAAGUACCAACAUGCCGCGCGCGGCCUUCGCCGGGAACGCGCGCAUGCGCUGCGAGUGUUACUGCUGCUCUCUGCAAUGCAAUACGCGAAGCAUCCACGGGCGAAUGGUACAGCACGGUAUAGUACACACUUAACUCGCAUCAGGGGCCGCACGCAUUUCAAAUCACGAAUACCCGCGCGCCGACGCUCAGUACGAUCUAGGUUCUUCGUACAGGAUCAAGGCACGCUCUGUAUGCACCCUCCGACGCAAGUGUACGCGGCACGGCGGAGUGGUUACGCAAGCAGCCGCUGCCCGCAAUCGUCCCCAAGACCUCCAUGCCCAGCGCGCAGACCUCCACGCCCCACAUCCAGACUCCCAGCGCACGUUUAUGACGCCCCGUAAACUCCGUUUCCACACGCGCGCGAGUGUUGUCAUCGUCCUUCGCCGCGCACGUCGCCGGCACGGGGGCGACUCCCCGGCCGUCUUCCGCCAUCCUAUCGCGCUCCCCUCGUCACCGACACGCAGCAUAGCUAUCUCAUGCGGGGUGUGUAGCAUUGGGUCCGCAUCGGGUCGCUCGAUCACGGAAAAUCGCAUAUUUCCGCAGCCAGCUCUCAGAUCGACGUCUACAAACACUCUACGCGCUCUCGAGUAGCCCCCGAAUCGUGCACUACGACACUCGCGGCGUGCAACGGCGCCAGGCGGCCGUACGCGACCGAGGACGGAGCCAUGUUCGCGCGCACCCCGCCGACCGCGGCUGACAGUCUGGAGGUCUGGAAAGCGUACGUCACGCUCCUCCGAGCCUGCCCGCCUGUGCUUGUAGGCGCCACGCGCGUCCCUCGCGUCAUACACCACUCUGUCGACCGCCCCUCGCGCCCGCAAGAUCUCGACUCGCGCCCGAACGCCGCAUCGGACGCCCUCGCCGACUCGACGGCGGCUCCCACGCACACAGACGCAUACAUCCACCCGGUUUCAGCGCGAUACGAGGAGUCGGAGAUCGGCCGAUUUUCGACGAUUUUAUGGUCAUUUUCGAAGACGUCCCCGCCGCCCCGCUCCAGCCACGCGUCCUCCGCCCGCGCCGUCUGGCACGAACACCUCUGUGGGUAUUUGGAAGUGUCCCCGGGUAUCACGGCUCGCGCCCCGCGGGUGUGGCUCGCCCGGUGCGAUCGGCUGCCGCCGGCCCCGCGACAAGAUGUCGAACCGCGCGCGAACGCCGCGGCGGAACCCUUCGUGAACUCGACGGCGGGCUCGUCGCACCGGGUCGCAGCCGCCCCCCGAAUUUGGGCUCGAUCCGAGCACAAAAAAAUUUGCGACAACUCGGCGGCUCCGUGGGCGAGCAUUUCGAAAAUUGCCCGCCGCACCUUGCCCUCGCGUCCUACCGCCGCGCGCCUUGGCACGCGGGCUCUCUGGGGCAUCUGCUACCAUGCAGCACGGCGAGGACGCCCGCAAACGAGGCGUAUCGGCGCGUGGACGCGUCGGAGGCCGCGCGAGGCCCCCAGAUCUGGCAGUACGCGCGAACGCCGCCCCGGGCGCCGUCAUGCACGCGACGAGAGGCGGCUCGUACCGGGGCGCGCCCGCCCUCCAAGUCUCGCGGCGAUAUGCGCACAAGAAAUUUGGGCCGCUGUCGACCGUUUCAUGUGGCGGGCCAGAAUGAAGACGGACGGGUUCGGCGCGACGGGUGCGACCGCCCCGCUGGAUGGCCUGUACAUGUUACCUGAGCCGAGGCUACGUAGCGGGAGCUCAUCCUCGGGGCCCGUGCUGGAGGUUCCCCGGCGCGGAGCCGAAGCGGCCGUCGUGGAGCAUCGUGCCCGCCGCGACGCCCUCACCUCGAGACGCAUGGGACGACCGCUCGAGAGCCUGGACGACGCCGCCCCGCCCCAGCGCCGCCGCCGCGGAGAUCUGGAGAUGCCGUGUCAGGGGGCGGGGAGACGUCGCCCCGCGCAGUAUCUACGUAGAAUUACAAUAUACGCCGUUAGAGUCCCCUCCGCGACACCGUCCUGGCACCCCAGACGGUGCCUGCGUAGCC